GCGUGUCACAUACUUGCUGGACUUCUUCUUCUCGUCGCUGAACCCUUGGAACGUCCCUGUCGAUGUCAUCUUGAUACUGAAAGAUCUUUCGAACGACCGAUAUUAUUUACCGGAAUAACAAUUGUCACUGUGUUUUUGCGGCACACGAAACCCAAACACGACUCUUUCUUCUACCGAACGAAAUCAAAUAGGGUUGUGACACAGGAUUGGUAGGUCUCCCUGCGAAUUUUGACGUCAGAAUUGCUAGUCAAAUCAGCGUCUAAAUUACAAAUUCUUCGCCAUGAAAGAACAAUCUACGAUGAAGUGUCAGUGCAUGAAACAAAAUACAAUAUUUUAAGAAAUAUUUUUCUGCGAUAAAUAUAACCAGAAGAUUAUCAAUAUAGUGUGGAAUAACGUUAGUAGUAAUCUCAAUGAUGUUGAUUUAUUACCAAACUUUAUAACCACUAACUACUGCUCUUGUUAAAUGUAUUAUGUAUGAAAGAAAAGAAUAUUUCUAAAUAUCACGAAACAGUGAAAAUCUUUAGUUACUUUGUUGAAACGACGAUGUUCUAUAACUGAAAUUUCUGAAGUUCCAGUCUUGUAAAUUUUUUGUAGUGAAUUGCUGCUUGGACGUGUUAUAUGUACGUUUUAUAACGUGUCACGUAUGAUUGCUGUUCGUCCAGGAAUAUGUUUGUAGAAAUUUUUUUCGAGUGAAAUAGCUGACAUUUACGGUGAUUUUAUGUUGUGUUUUGAAACAAAAAACUUAUGGGACUCGUUUGGAAACCGGCAGCCAUGUUUGAUCUUUGUCAUAAAUACAGAUAGUGUCUGAAAAAAAAGAGUUGUAUCGUGUAACAAUUUGCCUGUGUUCUGUACGAUUGAUCUCGUGCAAUUAUAAAAUAAGUGAUAAUAGACACCUGUAUAAAUGGUGCGACAAACUAGAAAAUCUAAUACAGUGGACGAAUUUGUCAUCAAAUAGACCGUUUUUGCAUUUUUCGAUUGCCGAGGGAAAUUUGUAAGGGAGCUAAGAUGUUAAAUCAAGCUGUUGUCGAAGCGUUAUAUUCCGCAACGUAUAUCGAAAAUUAUUUAGACUGUGUGGAAAACUUGCCGAAUGAUUUACAGAGACACGUUUCCCGGCUUCGGGAGCUCGAUGCCACUUGUCAAACAUACCUACGGGAGGUAGAUCAGCAACAAGAAGCAUUAAGAAAUGAUACAGAUCUGGCAAUUAAGAGAAGAGCACUUUUAAGAGUUCAACAAGCCUUAAUUGCAGCGCAAGAAAUAGGAGAUGAAAAACUACAAAUAGUUCAACAAGUUCAAGAUCUUAUUGAAAAUAAAUCUAGGCAAUUAGAUUUGGAUUAUCGUAAUCUUGAUUUUGGGAAGGAACAAGAAAGUAGUGAAUCAGUCCGUGAGACAAAUGCUAAUGUAAAUUCCAAUUCUUCUGGUAAUGCAAACAAUUCAGAGAGACAACCAAAAAGAGCUAGAAGAACAAGGACAGAGACGAUAGUCGAGUCUUCGAAUACCAUGGACAUGAUCGUCAUGGCGGAGACACGUUCUAAUUCUUUGUCAAACGCGAGCAAUGGUAAUCAAAAGAAAACGACUAGCGCCAAUACAGGUAAAAAGAAGAAGAGGAAAUCUAGGCAAGGUAAUCAGCAAAAUCAGCAUCGUGAAGAUACUCCGCCACCACCAGAAGAUGAUCUUGCAAUUGAUCCAGAUGAACCAACAUAUUGUCUCUGUGAUCAAAUAUCAUAUGGAGAAAUGAUAUUAUGUGACAAUGAUUUAUGCCCUAUAGAAUGGUUCCAUUUCUCAUGUGUUUCAUUAAGUACUAAGCCAAAAGGGAAAUGGUUUUGCCCUAAAUGUAGAGGAGACAGGCCAAAUGUAAUGAAACCUAAAGCACAAUUUUUAAAAGAAUUGGAAAGGUAUAAUAAAGAAAAAGAAGAAAAAUCGUAGCAAGAGAAGGUUGGUGAACAAUUUAAAUAUUUUGGAAGACUUAAUUCAAACUAAAAACAGCUUUCAAGAUAUAGAUUGUAGUAUUAAGUACUUUUUAAUGUAUUAUUAAACAUAAUGAUUUGUAAUAAUUGAUGAAAUGAAUGAUAAUAGUUUCAUGAAAAAAAUACACAGAAUGAAAUGUACUGUUGUAUAAACAUGCAUGUAAAUUAUCAUAUAUUAACUAUAAUAACAAAUAAAUUAUAUUUGUACAAUAUUCAUUAUUGUAAAUAUUGUGAUAACAGUAAAUAAUUAGAGAUAAAAAUAGAUAUUUUGAGUGCUGUAAAAUGUUUUAAAAUUGCUUUAUACUUAUUCGAAACAUUAAGAUUGGUGGGCCCCUACACAUUUUAAAUAACGUGUACAAUAUAUAAAUACUACUAUACAUCCAUAGUAAAUGUCUGAAAUAUAUAUUUCAUAAUCAAAUUACAAUAGCAGUAUUAAAAGAUAGAAAGUAAUUUUUGUAAUAUAAAUUAAUUGUAUCAUAAAUAAAAUAAAGAUUGAUAUUUUUUUUAAUUAGUACAUUAUGAUAAAAUUCUUGAUUACCAUUCGAAAUAUAUUAAUAAUAUUUAUAAAAUUGUUAUAUUAUUUAAGAAAUAUAAAUUCUUCAUGGCCACUGAAUUUUAUAAAUUUGCAUAUACAAAAUCAGUAGAACAAGAGUUAUAUGUAUCAUUUUAUAUAUAAUUUUCUUUGUUAAUGAUAAUUUACUUUGUACAUAUCACUACUGUAUUUUUAGAAUGUGAAUUCUCUCCAACAUACAAUGUACAAUAUAUUUGAUAAGCUAUAAUUUUUCAUAGUCUAGUAAAAACUCAAAGCACAUUGUUUUGUAAAAUUUAUAGAUGCUUC